AUUGUCUACGCAGAAAGACCUCUCACAGACAACCACAGAUCGCUGGCUUCCUACGGCUUGAAAGAUGGGGAUGUUGUGAUUUUACGGCAGAAGGAGAAUGCAGACCCUCGCCCUCCAGUUCAGUUCUCAAGCUUACCCCGGAUUGACUUCAGUAGCAUAGCUGUGCCUGGCACAUCAAACCCCCAACAGCGCCAGCUGCCCAGAGCACAGUCUCAGCACUCAUCUCCUGGGGAAAUAGCAGCAUCUCCUCAAGGCUUAGACAACCCAGCCCUGCUCCGAGACAUGCUGCUGGCCAACCCGCAUGAGCUGUCCUUGCUGAAGGAGCGUAACCCACCCUUGGCAGAAGCUCUGCUCAGUGGAGAUCUCGAGAGAUUCUCUCGGGUCCUGGUAGAGCAGCAACAGGACCGAGCUCGAAGAGAACAAGAAAGAAUUCGUCUAUUUUCUGCUGACCCCUUUGAUCUGGAAGCUCAGGCAAAGAUAGAAGAAGAUAUAAGGCAGCAGAACAUCGAGGAGAACAUGACGAUAGCUAUGGAGGAGGCCCCGGAGAGCUUCGGCCAGGUCGCCAUGCUCUACAUCAACUGCAGAGUGAACGGGCACCCUGUGAAAGCCUUCGUUGACUCAGGUGCCCAGAUGACUAUUAUGAGCCAGGCUUGUGCAGAAAGGUGUAACAUCAUGAGGCUGGUAGACCGUCGGUGGGCUGGCAUAGCCAAGGGCGUGGGCACCCAGAAGAUCAUUGGAAGAGUGCAUCUAGCUCAGGUUCAGAUUGAAGGUGAUUUCCUGGCAUGUUCCUUCUCAAUACUCGAAGAACAGCCUAUGGACAUGCUUCUAGGACUGGACAUGCUCAAACGGCAUCAGUGUUCGAUUGACUUGAAGAAGAAUGUGCUGGUGAUUGGCACCACAGGCUCCCAAACCCCCUUCCUUCCUGAGGGGGAGCUCCCAGAGUGUGCCCGCUUGGCAUAUGGAACUGGGCGAGAGGACAUACGGCCGGAGGAGAUUGCAGACCAAGAAUUAGCAGAAGCCAUUCAAAAAUCAGCAGAGGAUGCAGAGAAAAGCAGUAAAGAAUCUACCUCACUGGGAAUAUCAUCAUUGCUGACUUCAGAUGGAUUCAAUCAUCCAGUCCCUUCUUCAGGGCAAAGUCCUGAGGUUGGUAGCCCUACGAGUCUUGCUCGCUCUGUCUCUGCUUCAGUCUGCGCCAUCAAGCCCAGUGACCCCAAUAGCAUUGAACCUAUAGCUAUGGAGGCUAUGAAGGCUUCGGCUGAAUUGCAGACGAACUCUAAGGAAACAGAGCCUCCUGCUCUGCAGGCUCUUCCUCAUCUCGCUUCCCCAGCAGGCCAGGAUCCAGCUAUGCCUUUGCGUCUUUCAUCUGAAGAAGCAUUUGUUACAGAUAAUCCAGAGAAAUCUGUGGAAAGAAGAGCCCAGGGCCUCAGAGUUUAUCUCCACACAAGACAGGACACUAGUUUAUCUCUCACAACUACUGGGAUGCAUGGGCUACAGGGGUUUGUAGAAGAAAAGAGUUGGCAUCCAGAAAAUCCGAACCCCAGUCAAGUGAAUGGCCUUCAGCAACACAGAGAACCACACAGAGGGAGAGGACAACAGGAUGUUCCACGUGACCAAGAAUGUCUUUGUGACACAGAAGACCUUGAACUUCAUGGAGAAAAGCAACAGGACCAAGAAAAAAAUGUCAUUUUGGAAGGUGUGAUGAAAGGAGAUGAACUACAAACCAGUGCUGGUCUUGUGAGUACAGAGGAGAGUCUCCUGGCUUCAGGGCACUGUAGCUGUUCAUGCUCGGAAACCCUGAUGGAGGUGGAUACAGUUGAACAGUCUCUGGUUGCUGUUUGCAGCUCCUCAGGCAGGCAGAAGGCCAGAACCAAGAGCCCUAGUCCAUCUCAUCUCACAUCCCAUAAUCCCUCCAUGGAGACGGAAACAGUGCAGUGUAACCCCUCUUGUGAAAGCAUGGAACAUUCCAUCUCCACUCGGGAUUUGCAGCCCCCAGAAGAUAAUGUUGAAAUGUCUGCGAUGGAUAGCAAAGAUAACAUCAGUUCCUCUUCCCCUUUAAGUGAUCAUGGUCAGCCCUCUGUGGAGGCACCCGAAGAAUUUUGUUCAUCUGUCACAGUGGCCUUGAAAGAACUGCAUGAUCUUUUGGUCAUUAGCUGUAAGCCAGCUUCGGAAAAUGCAUCUGAAGAUGUUUCCUGCCAGUCAGAGAUGGAAGCUGAGAGCCAAACAGGUAUUUUGGACCAUUUAGGAAGAAGGGUCCAAAGUGAGCAUCUGACCAUUAGUGACCAGUACCCACAAGUCUCCUGUCACCAGGCCACCUCUGAAUCAGAAAAGAUAGACACCACUUGUGCUGGGACAGAAGAUGGAGCAUGCACUAGCUUCAGGGGCCUGGGGGAUAGCUCUUCAAUUGGCAGAGAAGGUGUCCCCAGGCCAAGGGAGUCGGUCAGGAAGAGCUGCUCUGUCGCCAUAACCUCAGCUAAACCAGCUGAUCAGUCGCAUUGCACCUCAGAUGUAGAAAUUUCACCCACAUUUGUAGCAGGUGAGGAGGGUACCCACAGUCAGCCUUCUGAGCACAUGCAGAAUCCAGGCACAGCCAGCCUGGAGACCAGUGAUGUCUGCCCUGGAGCUGCGCCACCCUCCCAUGGAUCGGAUCCGCCUGCCACACAGUCCUUGUCUUCUCCCUCUGCUCUUCCACCUUUCGUCUUUCCUGCCGCAGAUGUUAACCGGAUACUUGGUGCUGGCUUCACUCUGCAGGAAGCCCUCGGGGCUUUGCAUCGAGUUGGUGGGAAUGCAGACCUUGCACUUCUUGUUUUGCUAGCAAAGAACAUUGUAGUCCCUACGUAAUUGUGGGAAAGUGGGCCAGACCCUAUCCUAUUCCAUUCCCUUUGUGAAGUCCUCUCCACACAGAUACACUCACCACACACACACACACAGUAUAUGUAGAAACCUGCAAGCAAAAUGUUGAGCCAGAUUUUUUUUUCCAGCCAAAGUAAUUUAUGAUCUUUUGUCUGAUGAAUUUGUCUAUUUGUUAAAAUUUGGGCCUUUUAAAAUGUAUUGGCAGUAUGUGCAUACAAAAGCUUUUUAUUCUCAUUAAGAUGAUGUACUCUGGAAUAAAAUGGAUGGUUUUGUGUAUAGCAUA